AUGAGAAAGAAAAAAGAAAAAAAAAAGAAGAAGAAAAAGACAAGAAAAAUAAUAAUAACAAGAAGAAAAGAAAAGAAGAAGAAAAGAAAAGAAGAAGAAGAAGAAAAGAUGACGAUGACAACGAAGGCUGAGCUGUCUCCAAGGUUACUCUUCUUCUCCUUCUUACUUCUCCUUCUCUUCCUUACUUCUUCCUACUUUAUCGUCUCCUUCUCUUCUCUUCCCUCUACUGCCUUACUAAGCCCUGACUAA